AUGGCAACAACAACAACACAUCGGAGCCUCGAGAGCCGCCUGCGCGCCGAGGUCCCGCCCAACCUCUGCUGCAUCGAAGAGACGAUCGCAUCGUUGCCGGCGCACCUCCGUGGUAGGCCGGACGCGCGGCCGCUGCGCAUGAACUACUUUGAACAUACCAUCCACACGUACCACGAGAACGACCACCUCCAGCCGUCGCAGCAAUACGUCGAGUGGGCCGCUUCGAACGUGCUACUCGCUGACCCACGCUUUCGGCUCUUGCGCCUCUCGACCGCCGAGGCGCAGGCGCUCGCGGUGCAGGAGUGGCGCACGCACGUGACGCGCUCCGUGUACCAAGCGCGUCUCAACCCCCACGAGAUCGUCGACGGCCCCGUCGUGACCCGGUCGAAAAGCGGUGUCAUCCGCGUCCAGGCCGAGCUCGGGCCCACCCAAGUCGUCGACAGCAUGAGCACCGUGCCGAUCAAGAAGCAAAAGAAGGCAGGCACGACCUCAAAGGCGGCGCGCACAACCAGCAGUCACAGCCAGCGUCCAUAG